AUGCGGUCACGACAGAAAAAGUCAUCUGAAAAGAUGGCGAGAAACAUUUCAAGAUACAAUUUCCGAAAGUAUCGUCAAACAAAUUGGGAGGUAUAUUUUGAUACGUCCUAUGACAAAAUGCAGGCAAGACAACGUCCCACUGUCCCUUACGGAUUGAAAACACACAACUUCCGACGGAUUAUCACAAGCAAAAUUAUAAAGAACAAAAUGAUGUACCUGAUGGAAUGGGAAAAUUUUGAAUUAUCUGAAGCAACCUGGGAACCACAGUCGAUACUGCCGAAGCAUAUCGAUAGCUUAUAUUACCGUCCGGAAGUCAGUUACGAGGCGCUCGUGGUUGUCGCGCGCCAGUUUGAAUCUGCUAUACAGCGUUGCCUGGCACGCCGAAUCAAAGAAACUUCAACAGACUGUACACAGUCAUUCUGUGUUAACUUUCCAUUGGAUAUGUUCCGUUAUGUAUUUGGUAGUAGUGAUCCCGGUCGACAAUACAACAUUAGUAAUAUCGACAGUUUUAGUAAGCUACCAAUGUGCAGCGGUUGGUGGUAUUACAUAGAUAAACAGUACACCAGAAGCCAGCUCUCCUUCCCAGUGUGUGUUGAACCCAGACUUACAAUGCGCAAAGUGUUUAAGAACAUUAAUGGCAAGUUUGAAUGGAGAAAACAACCAGUGGAGAAGGUUCGAGUUACUCUCAGCUUUCUAAAACUGGAGUCAUUUACAAAGUCUGAUGUGACACCUAAAGUGAUGGACUAG